UCUGAUACUUGUUACGUGUUCGACGGCGCGUUCCCCGGGUGGAACAUCAGAGUCCCCAUCGGGGUCGACUGCGCGAAGAUCACGGUCCCGAGCGACUCCCGCCUAAGCGGCAUUAUUGCACACCUCCCGCGUCCGUCCUUUGCCCCCGCGCCCCGCGAAACGCUGAGACGCGGCGCGCGCAGGUCGAAGGCACGAACACGGAGGUCGUCAACGAAGGCCAGCUUUGGAAGAUCACCGCGCGCCUCCCGCGUCCGUCGCUUUUUGCUCUCCGAGGGCCUUCAAUCACCGCGCCGCAUCGCAGGACGAGUCAUCAGCUGCCGGAACUAAGAUCACGAACACCGGCACCGAAAGCGACGGCAGCCCCGUCCAAAUCGGAGCGCGCCCCCUGCGUCCCUCCGCCUCCGACGGUCUCGACGACGCCUCCCUCGCGCGCAGGUCUAUUCGGCUACGACCGAGGUCACGGUGAGCGACCCGGGCAAAGCGGAGAUCAACGUGCGCGACCCGCGUCCAUUGCGCCCGCCCGCACGAACGAAGGAACUACGAAACGCAGGUCCGUGGAUUCCAAACCAUCUUCGACUGCUACGGCACGCCCGUGGAGUUGGUCCCUGGCGACGUUGGUUGUUGUUACCGGCUUAG